CCAUCUUUAAAAGCUUCCACUGACUCCCUUUGUCUUCUAUUUCCUCAUUGUUAAAGUCGACAAAGGGGAAAAGCAAAAACCCUAAUAAAUCACACCAAAUUAAGAUAAAACCAGAUCUUUAAAACUCUCUUCCCACCAAGAGGAUCAACUACUGUCUUCCUCAAAUCCAACUCUUCUUCCACAUCAACUUCAGAUUCUUCUUGCAAAACCAACUCAAAGAGAAUGGAUCAGCAAGAGCAUGGACAGUCCGGAGCCGUGAACUACGGCACAAACCCAUACCAAACCAACCCGAUGACCACCACCGUAGCCGGGAGUGUGGGCCCAGCGGCACCACCAGGCCAGCUAGCGUUCCACCAGAUCCAUCAGCAGCAGCAGCAGCAACAGCUGGCACAGCAGCUUCAAGCAUUCUGGGAGAAUCAAUUCAAAGAGAUCGAGAAAACAACCGAUUUCAAGAACCACAGUCUUCCUCUCGCGAGGAUCAAGAAGAUCAUGAAAGCAGAUGAAGACGUCCGUAUGAUCUCUGCAGAGGCGCCUGUUGUGUUUGCAAGGGCCUGUGAGAUGUUCAUACUGGAGCUGACACUAAGGUCGUGGAACCACACGGAGGAGAACAAGAGGAGGACGCUGCAGAAGAACGAUAUAGCUGCUGCGGUUACUAGAACCGAUAUCUUUGAUUUUCUUGUGGACAUUGUUCCACGAGAGGAUCUUCGAGACGAGGUCUUGGGAAGUAUUCCGAGAGGGACUGUCCCGGAGGCUGCUGCUGCUGCUGGUUACCCGUAUGGAUACUUGCCUCCAGGAACAGCUCCUAUAGGUAACCCGGGAAUGGUUAUGGGUAACCCGGGUGGUGGUGGUGCAUACCCGCCUAAUCCUUACAUGGGUCAACCCAUGUGGCAGCAGCAGGGACCUGACCAACCUGACUCGGAAAAUUAGCUUUGGCUAAGAAACUAGUUUCUAGUCAGAAAGGAGGAGACUUUAGAGAAGAAAAGGAAAAGAACAUAUCAGAUUUUCAUAUCCGUGUUGUAGGAAGAAUGUUGAGUGUUUAUGUCUAUUCGAUCCUUUCUUUAAAGGAUAAAUUUAGGGAUGAACAUGAAGAAUGUAUAAACAAAAUGUAAGGAACAGGUGUGCUUGACAAGGUUUUUAUUUGAAUGUUUAUUGUCUUUUCUC